GCUAAUUACAAAGAGGGCUGCUGGCUUCUGGGGCGCUCGGCUGGCCCCUUUCACUGUGCUCCUGGGCCUGCGGGGCGGCAGGUUGGCGCGACUUUUCCAGGAGUAUCAGGAAGGCCUGGAGAGAAACUUCGGGGCUCCGCACCCGGCGGGGUUAGAGGCGCUUCCCCUGCCCCACGCCCUGUCCCGACCCGGGGCGGCCUGGCCAGGGCGCUGGGUGGCUUGGCGAGAGGACAGAGGACUGGGGAGACCAGGGCCUGGGGGCUGCUCGGCCCGGGUGAGCGCUCGCCUCUGUCUCCACCUCCUCCGGCGUCGGACCUAUGAGUGCGCUGCUCCCCGCUCCAAGGCCGGGCAAGGUGAGCGCCAGAGGCGCGGGGCCCUCGAACCUCUCCGCGGGAGCCUGCGGGCCGCGCGUCAUCUCCCGGCCCCUGCCCCGACGGGGGCCCACUGCCAUGCUGCUGCUGCUGCUGCUGGGAGCCAGGGCCAUGGGAAGCAGCCACCUGCACUGGGAGCCUGGCUGCCCGCAGCCGGCGUCUGAGGGCACUCCUGUCACUGCCGUUCUGGCCCCACGCCUUGAUGGGCCUUGGAUCUCCACUGGCUGCGAAGUGCGCCCAGGACCGGAGUUCCUUGCCCGCUCCUAUACUUUCUACCCCAACCGUCUGUUCCGCACCUACCAGUUCUACUACGGGGACCCCUCCUGCCGCGAGCCCACCCACUCGCUACUCAUCACGGGCAAAGUCCGCCUGCGCCGGGCCUCCUGGGUCAUUCGGCGUGCCACGGAAGCCGACUACCACCUGCACAAAGUGGGCAUUGUCUUCCACAGCCACCGUGCCCCGCUUGAGGUCUCCGAGCGCCUCAACCAGACUGGGGUGGACCAGGACUGUGCGGGGCGGCUCCCCCAGGACACUGCCUGGCUGCCCGGGGCACUGUAAAAGCUGCUGAGCCCCCGGGCCCGCGGGGACUGCCCGGCGCGGUGGGCGCUGGGCCUAAGCAUGCACGAGCUCAGCCUAGUCCGACGGCAACGCCACCUGCAGCCACAGCCCGGGUCCCCGCCCCCGCUGGUUGAGGAGCUGUACCUGAGGGACAUUCACACCGACAGGGCAGAGAGGCGGCACUACCGGCCCACGGGGUACCAGCACCCGCUGCGGAGCGCCCUGGAGCUGACAGUGGACCCUGGCCUGUCCCCAACUGCAUGCCCGCUGUGCACAGUGCCACUGACACGCAGCAAGAGGUGAACAAAGACAGGCCAGGUCAUCCCUGGCGCUGCGCUGAGUCCUGCCUGGGGGCUCUGAUUUGGACCCUGAAGGUAACAACCACACGACCAAGUGCUGGCUUGGACUGCCAAUGCUGACUUUUUUUUCUAUUAAGAACUCAGACCUUUCAAUCUCUGGUCUCCACCCCCACCCCCACCCCCCAAA